CCGGAAGUGAUCAGUGCUCUGAAAAGGAAGAAAACAACAGUUUUACUGUUGUGAUUUUUACGUUUAUUUCUUCUACCCAUGAGCAUAAGUGGAAGCUGACGUAAACAAUGGGCAACCAACUGACUGGGAUUGCUCCAUCCCAGAUUCUUCCAGUGGAGCAGUAUCUGUCAGAUGUUCCUGACUAUGAGUUUGAGACCAACCAAGGAAGCACAAGGUUUUUCAAAGUUGCACGAGCACGCUGCAAAGAAGGACUUGCAAUUGUUAAAGUCUUUGUUAUCCAUGAUCCCUCACUGCCUCUGUCAACCCACAGGGAUAAGCUGGAAGAAAUAAGCCAGCGUCUGAAAGGAACAUCAAACUGUCUUCCAUUUCAAAAAGCCAUUCAAUCUGAGAAAGCUGCUUUGCUGUUCCGACAGUAUGUUAAAGACAGUUUGUAUGAUAGGAUCAGCACCCGGCCAUUCCUCAACAGUAUUGAGAAGAAGUGGAUAGCGUUUCAGAUGUUGUGUGCCCUAAAUCAGUGUCACAAAGUCAAGGUUUGCCAUGGGGAUAUUAAGUCUGAAAACAUCAUGAUCACUGGCUGGAACUGGGUGUUAAUCACAGACUUCGCCAGCUUCAAACCAACAUACUUACCUGAUGAUAAUCCGUCAGAUUUCUCGUACUUCUUUGACACUUCCCGGCGGCGGACAUGUUACAUUGCACCAGAGAGGUUUGUGGAGAGUGGUUUGAAGAACACUGACAAUGCUGGUCAAUCAGGGAACAUCGAUCUGACCUCAAGUGAGGUCAAGACUGGUGAUCUUAAUCCUGCUAUUGACAUAUUCUCUCUAGGUUGUGUCAUCACGGAGCUGUUCACGGAGGGCACCUCACCAUUCGAUCUGUCCCAGCUGCUGGCAUACAGGAGUGGGGAGUACAGCCCCUGGAAGAUCCUGGAGAAGAUCGAAGACCCAAGCAUCAGAGAGCUAGUCCGUCACAUGAUGCAGAAGGAUCCAAACCACCGCCUCUCGGCGGAGGAGUAUUUAAUCAAGCAGCGCGGCAAGGCCUUCCCCGAGUACUUCUACACAUACCUGAAGCUGUACCUGCAGAAGUUUGCUGUGUCUCCCAUCAUUCCUGCUGAUGACAGGAUACACUUUAUCAGCAGUGACUUGCCGCAGAGUCUGAAGAGUCUGAAGAUAGACGAGACGGACGUGGAGAAGAACAAUGCACUUGUCCUGCUUAUCUCCCUUGUUGGCUCCAGCUCACGGGACAUUCAUUUCUAUGAAUCACGGUUAACAGGACUGGAUUUACUGCUGAAAUUGUCCAAAUACGUCAGUGCUGACAUCAUCCUGGACAGGAUCAUACCAUAUAUGCUGCACUUUGCCAAUGACCCGUUUCCCCGUGUUCGUGCCAAGACCAUUGAGACAAUCACAGACUGUCUGUCAGAUAUGAAGAACGUCCCAAGGAGUGACUCCAACGUCUUUCCAGAGUAUAUUUUCCCUAAUCUUACCCAUCUCGUUCAUGAUGAAGUUGCCCUGGUCAGAGCAGCGUAUGCUGAAAACAUAGCUCACCUGGCAGAAACAGCUCUCAGAGUUUUGGAGAUGACCCAACUGCAGGAGCUGUCUGAGAUCGACAUACAGGAGGACUCUGAAGACUCACAGUAUAUGCUGGAGUCAAGCUAUGACGUGGAGCUUCAGACGCUGCAGGAGAUGAUACAACAGAAGGUGGUCACUCUGCUGAGUGACCCAGACAACUUGGUCAAGCAGACACUACUGCAGUCAGGCAUCACUCGACUUUGUGUCUUCUUUGGCCGACAGAAAGCAAAUGAUGUCCUGCUUUCUCACAUGAUCACAUUUCUGAAUGACAAAUAUGACUGGAAGCUACGAGGGUCAUUCUUUGAAAAUAUUGUGGGCGUGGCAGCGUACGUAGGCUGGCAGAGUUCGUCCAUCCUGAAACCUCUGUUAGAACAGGGCCUGAGUGACCCAGAGGAGUAUGUUGUGCACAAGACCCUUGGGGCCAUCAAGUCUCUGUCAGAGCUCGGUCUGCUACAGAAGCCCAUGCUGCAGGAGUUUGUUCAGGAGAUAGUCCCCUUCCUUGCUCACCCGGGCAUCUGGAUCCGGCAGGGUGCAGUCGGAUUUGUUGCGGCGGUGGCUCGGAUCAUGAACAUUGCGGACCUCCACUGUAACCUCCUCCCGCAGGUGGUGCCCUUCCUUAAACAACAGGUGCUCCAGCUGGAUAAGGAGCCUAUAGUGCUGAAUGCACUAGAUGAACCCAUCCCACGGACAGUGUUCGACUACGUGUUGAGAUCGACAUCCAUCGAUGCUAUGUUUGAAACCCUCAACAACAGGAAGUACAUCCGGAGCAUCAGCAGGUCUGGGCACAGACCAGGCUACCCCGAACUGGAGGAAAACUUGGCUCAGGUUUUCCGCAAACUGACAUCACUGGGCAUGACUGAGACUCAUGAGACAAAACUGCUGGCAAUGAAAGAUUUUGUAACCAAGCUUCAUCGAUCAAGAGCUGGGUCCAUAGAGAACUCAGCCUCCUCCAGCAGCGAGGAGGGCCAGCGGGCAGGGGUGCUGGCCUUACAGCACGUCCCCUACACGGGUCGCUUCCUCACUCGCAGACAUGCGGACCUACACAAGCCCAAGGAUCAAACCACAGAUGGACAGACUUCACCAGGAACGCGGAGAAAAAAGAAAGUUGCACAUCAGGAUUCUUCAGCUGCCAUGAAUGCUGAGUGGAAGAAGAUGUUUGGCUCCUCGGAAUCAGACAAAUCUCUCUCCUCGUCCCCAAAGGCCAAAUAUGGAGGGGACAAAUACGACUUUGACAAGCGGUCCACAUCAACGCUGUCCAGCCAAUCAGCAUCCAGUAGUAUGGUGAACGUGUCCCAUGUCUCGUCCAGUGGGGAAGCAGGCCUGAAGCGCUCCACAAGCCAGCAGCCGGCCGACAAGCAGUCCCACCAGACUCGAUAUGCGUCAUGUAAGUGGGAUCUGCGCGGCCUGGUCCACAAGCGGCGGGAGCAGUACAAGGUGGAUGUUCUCACCAAGGACCUCCUUGAGGGCAUCGCCUGGGACAGCCGGCCACCGCCCGACAACUGGAAGCCUCGAGGUCUGCUGGUAGCACAUCUCCAGGAGCACAGGGCUGCAGUCAACAGAAUCCAGGUGUGCCAUGAUCACAGCUACUUUGCCACAUGUUCUAACGACGGCUCGGUGAAGCUGUGGGAGUGCUCCAGGCUAGAGGGGAAGAGUGUGGUCAACAGGUCAAAACACACUCUCACCAAGCAAGGUGGUAGGAUCAAGUGCCUGACGUUCUGUGAGGCAUCACACUCCGUAGCCUCCGCAUCAGACAAUGGCACGAUACACGUCAACAAGAUAACAACAGACAGAGUCCAACCAGAGGAACAGAUUAACGUGGACAUCGCCAAACAUGGUCAUGUGGUCGACCUUACUCACUUUGAUACAGGGGCUCAGUCAGUGUUGGCGUAUGCAACAGUGAACGGCCACCUGAUUGGUUGGGACCUUCGAGCUAACCGGAAUGUAUGGGAGCUGAAGAACAACCCCCGGGAUGGCCUCAUCACCAGCUUUGCCGUGAAUCACACCCAGUGUUGGCUGGCCCUGGGGACCAGCAGUGGAGCCCAGGUGUGCUGGGACAUGAGGUUCCAGCUGCCCAUCAACACCAUCACCCACCCUGCCAAUGCACGUGUUCGGAAGCUCAUCAUGCAUCCCAAGGAUCAGCCGUGGAUCGUGUCAGCUUUCCAGUGGAACAACGAAGUGUCCAUGUGGGAUGUUGAGACCGGCGCCAGACAGAAGUCUCUGUGGGCCAGUGCAGCUCCUCCCCUCUCCGUUUCACAGAACAACAAUCAUGCCGUGCAUGGGAUGCACAUCGCAGCCACAGACACCAAACUGUUCCUGUUGACGGGAGGCUCAGACAUGAGAGUCAGAUUCUGGGACCUGACAUACCCUGCCAACUCAUUCAUCAUGAGUCAUGGAGCAGUAGACUUGCCCAACGUCUCCUAUAGCUACAGGUCUCAGCUGAUAGACGGUACGGAGGUGAUUCAGGAAGUCUGCACAAAGAAACAAGCCAACUCCGACGACAUCCCGAGACGUGUUCCUGAAGCUCCUCCCACCGGCCAUCACGACAUCAUCAGCGACGUCAACAUCUGUCAGUCGUCACAGUGUCUCGUCAUCACAGGAUCACGAGACGGAGUCAUCAAAGUUUGGAAAUAAAUAAAAUAAAAUCAGGGCCAGAGUCAGUACCGAUUACAAGGUCCUGAGGAAUUUAUUUGGGAUCAAUUUGGUUGAGUUGGAUUCACAUUUUGGUAAAUUUUAGUUUCAGUUUUUGUUACUGGUACAAUAGGUUUAAUAAACAAAUCAUUGCAGACAUUUCAGUGGAGGUGUUAUUGUAGACAAAGAAACUAUUAGUGUAAUAAUAAUUAAUAUUUACUUUUUAUGUUGGACUUCAUUUUAUUUUAUGAAAAAAAUUGCAUCUAUGUAGCUAUUAACUAGGAAAAUUCUGAAAUAAUUUAACUGAUCAUAUAUUGUGUAACUAUAAGUUUUGUAGCUUUUUGACGUCCUGCAUUACUAUGUCUAAGGAUGCCUAAAGGAGUAAUGCCAAAUAAGUAUACAAAUUUUAAAAAUAUUUAGAUUUUACUACAUCUACUUGCAAUAGUGAGUAAGUGAGUUGGGUUGAACGUCGCUUUUAACAGUAUUCCAGUUAUAUCGCGGCGUGUAAACGUAAU